AUGGCAAGCUCUCAGAGUGACUUUUAUGAGCAAAUAGACAAACUAAUAUCACCGGAAAGGACACAAAACGGCCUUUAUUUGGACGACUUCGGAUCAUUUCGGGUUCCGAACAGCGGACUGAACAUAGGGCAAAUCAUCAGAAUUCUUUGGUGUCCAAGCUACAAGUCGUCGUACCCAGUUUUUGAGUGGAAAGACAAUCCACAGGAGAAGGGAAAGACAUCCAUCUGCAUUCGAAUUUGGACUCACAUAGAGGUUGGGUUGAAGUGGAAACUUCACCCACAAAACGCUAAUCAGUGGUGUGAUCCCAACACGUUGUUAGAAAAAUACCAUGCAGGCGAUUCAGACACAGAGAAAUUUAUUGAUCCUUCCAAAUUGAAGCUGAUGCUCCCCAGACUCGAAAAACUAGAAGAAGAAAGAUUACAAAAACAAAGAAGGGCUAAAGAACAAGAAAGACAAGAAGUGAAAAAGGGUGCACCAGAGAAUUUAUCAAAAGAGCUCCUAAAAGAAAUUCUGACUGAGCAUGGAAUAACAUUCAAAAAAAGUGCAACUAAAAUGGAACUCAUCAACAAAGUCCUUGACUUCAGAAGACAAUUGCAACAACAGGCAAACGUAACAACUGAAAUGGAAAACGACGGUCGCGAAACAGUAGGUGAAAUUGAAGUUACACAUCUUGAUGAGCCAAUUAGUGAUUUUGCUUUUAUGCCAAUAUUUAAUCAGUCAUUUCAUAAAACGUCCGAAACAGAGCAGAAAUCUGCCCACAAGAAAGCUGCACGUGCGGCAAAGUCAAGAAUGAUCUCCUGUGUACUAUAUUUCUUCGACGAAGAACAUGAAAGAAAACUCAUAAUCAUGUUACACAUUGUUUUUCUUCUUGCGCUGUUUUCGCUUUUCUUAGAUUUUUCUAUGGUUCACUAUAUUACGGUGUUGUUGCACUCUCUGAUAUACCAGGCAAGUGGUCUGAGUGCUGUAGAGUGCCUUGUGUAUCCUACUCUGAAAGCACACUACAAUAAAAAAUCGAUACUCACUCAACUUUUAGACAUAGAUUUUUAUUGAUUUCCAAUACCAAUCAAUUAAUUGUUAUUGAUUAUUAUCGAUUUUAUUGAUUAUUGAUUAUCAUUGAAUGAUAUCGCCGGGAAAUCAAUGGUGUGAACUCGUUGCUCUUUUCAGAAGAGCCAAACCAGAACUGAGCAUCAUAUUUAAAAUGGUAGGAAGUCAACAAAAAAUGCGGUUUUGAAACAAAAUUAAUAACUAUAUUAUAGCAUAUUAAUAAUACUUAUAAGUAAUGAUGGUUAAAUACAGGGAUCCCACAGUCCUUGAAAAUCUUGGAAAGGAAUAGGCCCUGGGAAGUCCUUGAAAAUCAUUGGCUGGGGUCCUUGAAAAUCCUGGAAGGGGAAAAAUAUAGUGUAAGUUUUAUUUGAAACAGAAGGUCCUUUAAUUUGUUGCAAAAUCUGGAAGUCCUGGAAAAGUCCUUGAAUUUCACAUCGAUUUAAGAGUGGGGACCCUAGGAAUAAAUUUUAUUCUGAAAGAGAGCAACAGAGAAAGAAGCUGCUAGGCUGCACAAACAGUAUCAAGCAAUUUUGCUGUAUUCCUUUUAAGAUAGCAGGGGGGCAGUAUAAAAAGAAGGAACCAUUUUAUUGGGAACGAGAGGGGGGCUAUAAAAGAAGUCGCCAGGUCAUCAUGGGUCCCUGAAGACUACAGUUGUUUUGACCAGGUCCCCUAAAUGGCUUUGAAUCAUAGAUAAUGGAUGACAUCCACAAUCGAUACAGCCAUUUAAUGUAUUGUCUGGAUUUCAUGUGGCUCGACACUGGACUGUUUUCAGAAGUUAAACAUGCCAAAGGACCUCCACACAUUGCGUAAAGGUUCAGGUAAAAUAAGUUACAUGUUGCUGACGAUGAAGAAAUUCCAUAACUAAGCAAUUGUUUUUAUUGAACAUACUUAAGCAGCUGAAAUAUGACAGCCAAAGCUUGAUUUUGGCAUAGAUGAGAGAAUGUUUUCCAACUUGGCAUCAGUCACCUGCCAAAUUUUUUUUAAAAUCAAAACGCAAAAAUAAAUGAAAUCAACAUGGCAGCUAAAAUGUGUCCCCCAAAAAAUUUGCACUUGGUGACAUUGUGCAGUUGCAGGCUAUUGUUGAGCACUAUACAUAAACUAAAUUCUGGAUCACAUCUUUGAAACACUUGCAAUACAGCUCAACGAAAGAGUGGACAGUAUCAAAGUUUACCUCAAGUUUAUGAAUUCAGGCACCCAGAUCCAGCCUACCCCAUUACAUGCAACAUCUUGGCAGCUUUUCGAGGAGUCAAUCUAACCAUGAACAGAAUUCAAUAG